AUGUCUAACCCGAACGACUACACAGUCGGAUGGAUAUGUGCAUUAAGCACAGAAUACGUUGCCGCACAAGAAUUCCUCGAUGACGAGCAUGCACCGCUGGAUUUCGUGUCGCCUAAUGACACUAACGACUACACAUUGGGCAGGCUUGGAAAACAUAACGUUGUCAUAGCCGUGUUACCUGACGGUGAAUAUGGAACAGCCUCCGCUGCUACUGUAGCUACAAACAUGCUCAACAGUUUCCCAAACGUCAGGAUCGGCUUGAUGGUGGGUAUUGGUGGUGGAGCACCAAGUAGAAAGCAUGAUAUCCGUCUUGGAGAUAUUGUGGUUAGCGCGCCUCGUGACGGUGAGGGCGGUGUCCUUCAGUACGACUUUGGUAAAACGAUACAGGAGCAGGCCUUCCAACAUACACGUUUCCUGAAUCAGCCUCCGACGAUACUACGCACCGCAGUCACGGGGAUCCAAGCCCAGCACAAGCGGAAAGGGCAUCAGAUCGAAGACGCUAUUGGAUUUGUUCUCGAGAAAAAUCCAAGAUUACGUCAGGAAUAUGCACGGCCGCAACCAAACACUGACAAGCUCUUUCAUCCCCAUGCCAUUCACGACUCAAGAGGCUGUGGGUUCUGUGUUCACGAUCCAUCAUAUGUGGUCGAGCGACGCGAGCGAGCAGAACAUGAGGAUAACCCAGCGAUCCACUACGGCUUGGUGGCUUCUGCAAACCAGCUGAUGAAAGACGCUGUAAUCCGUGACCGACUUGCAGCAGAGAAGGGCGUUCUCUGUUUUGAAAUGGAAGCAGCGGGCUUGAUGAAUCAUUUCCCAUGCUUAGUCAUACGGGGGAUUUGUGACUACUCUGACUCUCACAAGAACAAAGAGUGGCAAGGAUAUGCGGCGAUGACUGCGGCUGCUUAUGCUAAAGACCUCCUCUCUCGCAUUUCGCCAAAUCGGGUGGAAGCUGAGAAGAGAAUCAGUGAUGUGCUUUCUUUAGUUAGAAAGGACAUAAAAGAAGUCCAUACUACUGCUCAAAAUACAAAAACGGCAAUUGAGAUCCUGGAUAAUGACCGACGGCGCGAGAAAGUGAUUGCGAAGCUGCCGUAUGCCAAGGGCUCCACAUUCGAUUCUUUUGAUGGAGUUCUUGAUCCACGAUGCCAUCCAGAAACAAGAAUUGCCCUACGUCGUCAAAUUAGAGAAUGGGCCGAAAAUGGACAAGGGAAGUCAAUAUUCUGGCUGAAAGGAAUGGCUGGAACAGGAAAAUCAACAAUUUCUCGAACAGUAGCCGAGUCCCUUCACAUGGAAGGAAAACUAGGAGCCAGUUUUUUCUUUAAACGAGGGGAAGCUGAUCGAGGUAGUGUGACUAUGCUUUUUACCACUAUUUGUGCCCAACUCUUAGUAAAGAUUCCGUCACUGAUCGCUCCUGUCGAGAUGGCAAUUGAUGCUGAUCCCAAUAUAUCUGAUAAAUCGAUGGGAGAGCAAUUUGAGAAGCUUAUCUAUCUACCUUUAUCACAGAUUCGGCAUCACCUCCUCCAAACACCGAAACUCAUUAUCGUGAUUGAUGCUUUGGAUGAAUGCGCGCAGAAUGGAGACACUCUCCUUCGCCUCUUAUCACAAACGAGAGAGAACUGGUCACCAAUCUUACAGAUAUUUAUUACAAGCAGACCAGAGCAGCAAAUUCGAUCUGGAUUUGUAGACAUACCAGAAGAUAUACGCGAGAAUAUAGAGCUUCACGAAAUAUCCCAGGCUAUCAUCAAGCAGGACAUCACCACCUUCCUCAAAUCGAGAUUUGUCCAAAUCCAGGAGAAGUAUAGGAAAGAUGGCCUGCUACUUCCUUCUAACUGGCCUGGCCUAGAGGCGAUGUCAGUGUUGGUUGAAAUGGCUGUUCCGCUCUUCAUUUUUGCUGCUACCCUGUGCCGCUUUGUGGAAGAUCCAGCGUGGUCGGACCCGAUAGGCCAGCUGCAAAAGGUUCUUGAGUAUCGAAAUAUGAAGAGUGGCUCUGAGAUGGACAAGCUAGAUGCCACUUACUCUCCAAUUCUAAACCAGCUGAUCAAUGGACGUCCAGAAAAGGCACAGAAAUCACUGGUGGAGCGGUUUCGACGCAUUGUAGGCACUAUUAUUCACUUAGCGGAGCCCCUUUCGCGGUCAUCUCUCGCAUCUUUGCUCAAUACCGACAGCCAAGAGAUUGAGGGGCAGCUCUCAUCUCUCCAUUCUGUCUUUAGUGUGCCAUCCUCUGCGGACUCUGCGAUAAGGAUGUUGCACCUCUCAUUCCGUGAUUUCCUGAUUGAUCCUGAUAAACGUCACACGAAUUCAUUCUGGGUUGACGAGAUGGAAACCCAUAAGAUGGUCAUGACCAAGUGCCUUGAACGAAUGUCUCAAUCUGGGAGUCUUCAAGAAAAUAUAUGCAAUCUUCCGGGCCACGGGACACUCCGUGCUGAGAUCGAUGGCAGAAUCAUAGCUAACCACUUACCACCAGAUAUGCAAUAUGCUUGCCGCUUCUGGGUACACCAUUUGAAAGAGAGUCAGACCCGCAUCAAUGAUAGUGAUCCAGUUCAUGAGUUUAUACAGGAUCACUUUUUACAUUGGCUGGAAUCAUUGAGCCUCUUGGGAAGAAUUGCAGAGAGUAUUCACCUAGUGGGGACAUUACAAACUAUUGUAAGUGAUGAAGACACGGCAAUAUGCAAAUUCCUGGAUGACGCAAUGCGGUUUAUUCGAAAAAACAUCUCGUUGAUUGAUCAGGCGCCUCUCCAGCUCUAUGCAUCGGCGCUUAUUUUCGCACCAAAGGGAAGUGUAAUUAGGAAUAAAUAUAUCGAUAAAAUCCCCAAUUGGGUUCGAGGAUUACCAGAAGUGGAAUCAGCCUGGAGUGCAGUGCAGCAGACCCUCGAAGGCCAUUCAGGUUCAGUUUUCGCAGUGGCGUUCUCUCCCGACGGCAAGCUGGUGGCCUCAGGCUCCGUUGAUUACACAAUCAAGCUGUGGGAUCUAGCUACUGGCACUCUGCGGCAGACGCUUGAAGGCCAUUCCAGUUCAGUUCGGGCAGUGGCGUUCUCUCCCAAGGGCAAGCUGGUGGCCUCAGGCUCCGAUGACAAGACAGUUAAGCUAUGGGAUCUAGCUACUGGCACUCUACGGCAGACGCUUGAAGGCCAUUCAGGUUCAGUUUUCGCAGUGGCGUUCUCUCCCGACGGCAAGCUGGUGGCCUCAGGCUCCGAUGACAAGACAGUUAAGCUAUGGGAUCUAGCUACUGGCACUCUACGGCAGACGCUUGAAGACCAUUCUGGUCCGGUUCAGACAGUGGCGUUCUCUCCUGAUGGCAAGCUAACAGCCUCAGGCUCCUAUGACAAGACAGUUAAGCUAUGGGAUCUAGCUACUGGCACUCUACGGCAGAUGCUUGAAGACCAUUCAGGUUCAGUUUUCGCAGUGGCGUUCUCUCCCAACGGGAAGCUGGUGGCCUCAGGCUCCGUUGAUUGCACGAUCAAGCUGUGGGAUUCAGCUACUGGCACUCUACGGCAGACGCUCAAAGGCUAUUCUAGUUUGGUUCAGGCAGUGGCGUUCUCUCCUAACGGCAAGCUGGUGGCCUCAGGCUCCGUUGAUUACACAAUCAAGCUGUGGGAUCUAGCUACUGGCACUCUGCGGCAGACGCUUGAAGGCCAUUCCAGUUCAGUUCGGGCAGUGGCGUUCUCUCCCGACGGCAAGCUGGUGGCCUCAGGCUCCGUCGAUUACACGAUCAAGCUGUGGGAUCCAGCUACUGGCACUCUGCGGCAGACGCUUGAAGGCCAUUCUGGGCCAGUUCUGGCAGUGGCGUUCUCUCCUGAUGGCAAGCUAACAGCCUCAGGCUCCUAUGACAAGACGGUCAAGCUAUGGGAUCCGGCUACUGGCACUCUACGGCAGGCGCUUGAAGACCAUUCUGGUCCGGUUCAGACAGUGGCGUUCUCUCCUGAUGGCAAGCUAACAGCCUCAGGCUCCUAUGACAAGACGGUCAAGCUAUGGGAUCCGGCUACUGGCACUCUACGGCAGACGCUUGAAGGUCAUUCUGAUUUAAUUCAGACAGUGGCGUUCUCUCCUAACAGCAAGCUGGUGGCAUCAGGCUCCUAUGACAAGACGGUCAAGCUAUGGGAUCUAGCUACUGGCACUCUGCGGCAGACGUUUGAAGGCCAUUCUGAUUUAGUUCGGGUAGUGGCGUUCUCUCCUGAUGGCAAGCUAACAGCCUCAGGCUCCUAUGACAAGACGGUCAAGCUAUGGGAUCUAGCUACUGGCACUCUGCGGCAGACGCUUGAAGGCCAUUCCAGUUCAGUUCGGGCAGUGGUGUUCUCUCCCAAGGGCAAGCUGGUGGCCUCAGGCUCUUAUGACAAGACGGUCAAGCUAUGGGAUCCGGCUACUGGCACUCUACGGCAGACGCUUGAAGGCCAUUCUGGCCCAGUUCAGACAGUGGUGUUCUCCCCUAACGGCAAGCUGUUGGUCUCAGGCUCCUAUGACAAGACGGUCAAGCUAUGGGAUCUAUCUACUGGCACUCUACGGCAGACGCUUGAAGACCAUUCUGGUCUGGUUCGGGUAGUGGCGUUCUCCCCCGACGGCAAAUUUCUGGAGACUAAUCAAGGACGACUUAAUACUGAGUCUCAUCAUGUUCGCAGUCUAUCGCAAACACCAAGCAGUCUUCAUAAAAAUAUACUAGUGACGAAUGAAUGGCUGACCCGCAAUGAUUUUAAUGCCAUUUGGUUGCCUGUUGAGUAUCGAGCAACUUCUUCCGCCGUGUACGAGAGCAUACUUGUUAUGGGACAUGCUUCAGGUCGAGUUACAUUUCUGAAGUUGAUCUAA